AUGAAGUCCUUCUCCAGCUCUGCAAUCAAUAAAACUGGCAAGAAAUUCGCCCCGAAGGCGCCUAUCCGCCGUGCGCCUGCCGCCGCACCAGCAAGACGACCCAGUGCUGUUCAGCAGUUGCCAGUCGAGCCGGUUCAGGACGACAAAGCUAAAGAUGUAACUGACUCUAAUCUGGCCUCUCAUGUUACUGUAGAGCCGGCGCCAGAGGCAGUCACAGAGGCCUCACCUGCGUCAGUUGCUGCGAUUACCACGGAACAAACACCCACUGCUUUGGAUACUGCAGUUGCUUCCCCGACUCCUACAGAUGUCAAUUCUGUCACCACUGCCACCGCUCCACAGAUCGUCACACCUACCGCUACACCUAUCACCAAGCCGACUCCAAUCCCUAAGCCAACUGCAAUCUCAAAGCCCACUCCGAUCCCCAAGCCGACUGCAAUUUCAAAGCCAGCCCCGAUCCGCAAGCCGAUUGCCAUCGCAAAGCCAACGUCUAUCCCACAGUCGGGUGCGAUUCCUCAUCCACAGCAACGUGAUGUCUCUACCUCUAUUUCACAACCCACAACUGUUUUGACCGCCCCGCCUACCCCUCCUUCCACUCAACCCACGCCGUCUCCCGCCAAUGCACCGACCAGAGAGUCUCAGACUACAUCUUCCGAGGAGCAUGGACCAGAGAAGGCUCUUCUAGAAUACGCCAGGAUCGAAACAGCGCGGGCCGCAGAAAACCUCGUCGAUUCAACCGAAGCUCUACCUCAAUCUCAACCCGAAACCGAUCAAAUCGCCCCAAAAGAGGUUCGACCAGCAAAACGCGCUCGAACUACAUCGACUGCAUCGGUUGCGGCCCCAGCUCGCAAGAAGUCUAUAUCUGCGGCGGUAAGCCGUCGAGGCUCCCAGUCAAUCGUGCCUACAAUUGAAGAUGCAAGCGCAACGACCAGUGAAUCCAAUAUUUCCACCCCAGAUCCAACAAAACCAAAAAAACGAAAGUACUCAAAGGCCGGUACGUCGGAUCCUGAGGGUAGCGAGAAACCAAAGCGCACCCGCAAGAAGCGCGAACCCACCCCUGAAGGCGCAGAGACUGUGGAGAUCUUGCCAAAUGUUGUAAAAAUGUCAGAACUUUGCAAAGACCUCAGAACUGGAAAGAAAUCCAAGCGUGAGACAGAGCUACGCAAGAUUGAUAAGGCUGAAGAAGAACGGAAGAAGCAGGGCGGAACCCCUAGGCCAGGGACACCCGUCAAGCAAAUUGAAGCCGAACAGGAGAAAGCCGAACAACCAGUCGAUUGGAAACCCCAAAGCGGGCCCCUUAUGCGAAUCGUUAAUGGUGAGAUCGUGCUGGAUAAUACAUCGUUGCAGGUCGAUCGUCACGCGGAUGCCGCCCGAGCCGCCGGCGAUCUCGAAGAUGUGGUGGAAAGCUCAUUCACCCGGAAGAUCAACCAGGCGUCGUACGGCAAGCGGACCAAGACUGAAACAUGGGAUGAAGAGAUGACAGAUCUGUUUUAUCGCGGGCUCCGCAUGUUCGGUACUGAUUUCAUGGUUAUCAGCAAAAUGUUUCCGGGCCGAUCUCGUCGUCAGAUCAAGUUGAAGUUCAACAAUGAAGAACGCCGAGAUCCGCAACGAAUCAAGGACACAUUGAUGGGCCCAUCUGAGACCAUCGACAUUGCAACUUACUCAGAGAUGACGAACACCGUCUACGAUGAUCCCAAGAUUGUCCAGCAAGAACUGGAUGAAGAAAAGAAGCGGAUCGAGGACCAGCAUGCGAAGGAGAAGGAAAUGCAAGAGGACAUGCUGCGCAACCCAACUGGGGAUUCCAAGGACGACAAGGAUGCCAAGACAGUGGUGAAGAAGUCUCGCAAAAAGGUGGGACUGAAGAACCAGGGAGGCGGAACAGAGGAGGUUCUGGGAUCGAUCGAUGACUUUCCCACGGCUUAA